CUGUCCAUCAUUUUUUCACGCGAGCGACGCUUAGGAACGACGUUGUUCCGAUUCGUAUUUUAAACGGGGUUCGGUCUAGUGUUUAAAUCGGCAGUUAAUUUCCUAGGCAUUUAUGUAUUUGUGAUACUGUCGCAGGUGAACUUCGGGGAAGUGCAUUUUGUGUGUAAAUAUACAGGUCGCUGGGCUGAAUGACAGUGCUGGUUGGCCAAACGAGCCGUGUAGCGCGGCGGCGGCGCCUGUGUUACACAUGGACCGAGGCGACACCGCGUUUGCUCCUCUAGCUGCUUUACAAGUUACCCUAUCCUUAUAGACGGCAUACUGAUACAAGAGAAACCAUAAAUGCUGGCUACGAGACGUUUCCGUUUUAUCGAUUAAGGAGUUAGAAUUUCAGCUUUGUUCCUUGGACAGCAGCAGGCAAGACAUGAAAGUGCCGAACAGCAGCAUGAAGGUCUGGAGGAGGCAUUCAGGCGAGGCGCGGAGGACCAAGAAGAAGAAGAAGAAGCAUCUGUCCAACCACCGCGCCACGCUGCCGUGCAUGCACCCCCAGAGCGUCAGCCCCGAUUCCACUCUGGCUCAAAAGUACCAUCAGCUGGCUGCCAAGGGGCACACUAUCCUUAAGAGACUGAAAAACAGUGCCAAGCCAGUCAACUCUGCCCACAGGCACGGGUCUCCCCCGGAGACCAAUGAGAAGCCUAGGGGUGGAGUCGCCUCCCUCUGCCACACCAAUGGGAGCAUGGAGGCUGACCCCCAGAUGGAUGAGUACUUGGAGGAUGAGGAGGAUUGGCGCUCCCUCGCUCAGUCAUUGCUGCAUAAUGGUGCAGAUGGGUCUGCCGGCAGCAGGAGUCCACCGGCUGCUCAGCCUGACGGCCCGGAGGAGGAUGCCGUCCAGUUACACGCUGAGCUGGACCAGGGCCGCAGUCGGGCUGUGCUGGUCUUGCACCAAGGGCAGAGCUUGACGUUCCGAGGGAGGAGCCUACUGACGUGCCUGUACGGGAGGGUGGAGGUCCUGGGCUUCACCAUUGAAGAGGGUCAGCAGCCCUACCCCGUUUUCUCUCCACCCACAAAUUGCCCUCUUACCAUCACUGCUGUUGGAAACUCCACUGCCUCUAAGACCAAGAAAGAGCGCAGAUUGGAGGCUAAAGGCAUCAUCCGCAAGUACCUGCCAUCAGAAUCACGUAAGAGGCUGCAGAGCCAGGUGGAUUCUGAGUCCUGCGUGGUCCUGCUCGAGCCCCUGGAUACCCCCCUGACCCGAUUUCUUGCCAGUUUACCGGAGCACCGCGACCUGUUUGGGCUCAGUUCGAAGGAGAUUGUGGAACAGUGCUCCAUUUUGGACUCUCCUCUCUCUGGUGUUGGCUUGAUCCCACUACGAGGCAGUGAGCAUGGCCUGAUGACAUCACAGAGCUACAGGAAUGCCAUGAAGACUCUGGUCAAUGCUUGUGCAGAGGAACCUGAUGGCUGUCCUGUCAUUCUGAUCUGUGGGGCUAAGAACACAGGGAAAUCCACCUUCAACCGCCACCUCAUCAACACGCUGCUGAACCACACGGCCAGCGUGGACUACCUGGAAUGUGACCUGGGUCAGACUGAGUUCACACCCCCUGGUUGCCUGUCUUUGUCUUCAGUCAGUGAGCCGCUGCUUGGAGCCCCUUUCACUCACCAGCGUUUGCCACAACACAUGGUGUAUUUCGGGGAGAGUUCGUGCGAGAGGGACCUGGACCGCUAUCUUGACUCGCUCAAGUUCCUGUGGCGUCUGUACAGCCAAGAGACCCCUAUAAUCAUCAACACCAUGGGAUGGGUCAAAGGUUUCGGCUUCCAGGUGUUGGUGGAUCUGAUUCGUCUGUUCAACGUCAGUCAUGUGGUGCAGCUCAGCUAUGGAUAUACCACCCAAUGCCCCUCCCUCACUCCCGCCUUCCUCCAGUCUGCCCACGGCUGGCAGACCCGCCCUCCAGCUCAGCCUGCCCUUGGGCAUGAGUUAGGGGAGCAGGAAACCCCAGAGGGUCACGUGCUUCUCACCGUCCAAUCAGAAUUUGAGGGUGCAGGCACCACAAGCAACAUGAUGUACCACCGUAGCAAUAUCGUCCGUGACCUGGCGCUGCUCGCCUACUUCAGCCAGCUGCAGUCGCCUGACCCAGAGCCCAUCCGACCCCUACACUGCUUUACUCCGUACCAGGUAUCCAUGUCAGCCGUGGCCAUGCGAGUGACGCAUUGUGAGGUGGCCCCCGCCCACGUGCUGUAUGCUGCCAAUGGCAGCCUGGUGGGCCUCUGCUGCCUGGAGGAGAAGGUGGGGGGCGCGGGGGGGCCUGUGCUGCUCUCUCAGACCCCCAUCUGCAAGUGUAUUGGCUUUGGUGUCCUGCGGGGGGUGGACAUGGCCCGCGGACUGUACUUCCUGGUGACCCCCGUGGCGCCCCCUGUCCUGCGGCAGGUGAACUGUCUCCUGCUGGGGGGGAUUAUGCUGCCGCAUACCCUUCUGAGGGUCCAGCCUGGAGUCCAGGGGGAGAAACCCUACAUCACUACGGACUACAGCUUCGAGCUCAGCGGCGCGGGCAAGAUGAAGGUCUUCAAGGGGCUCUUAAGACGGGAGUACAUGGGAGGGGGUGCUCACUGACCCGGACGGGCAAGGCAGUGAGAAGUGGUGGGGGCUGGUCCAGAGACAGGAGAGGAGCCAGAAUACCAGAACUUCUGUUUUUGAGAGCACGACCGAUGGUCGGGAACAGUCAUGAAAGUGAUGUAUCCACACGUACAGUAAUCUAAAAUUUCAAGUCAUCGGUCGUGAUGAGGAUGAACUUGGGGGUAAUGGCCUUCAUUCUGGAUCUGCUCGCUGACCGACUCACUGGACCUUCUGGUGGAGGCUGUUUUCACCUUUCAUGACUUCAAGGUAGCAUCACAUGAAUGACACUGUUGUUUUGUGCCCUGGUAGAAUUGGAUUCUGACCUGUUGUUUGGAAACAACAUUCAACACACCCCACGUAAAGAAAAUGCAGUGGAAGCCUGAGUAGAAAGUGAGUGUGAUGUCACUUCUCCUCCCCCCACUUCUGCUCAGGAUGGUUAUUGUCGAUGUCAGCCCCCGAAUUUGCAUCUUUGCUGCUCAUCUUGCCAAACUUAUGAGUAAUGGUUCUCUGACGUGAGCGUCCGUGUGGGUGGAGUGCACAUUAUCGCAUUCAUCAUGUCACCAGUGCUCACUUUCUAAAGCCCUGUCAGAUAUACAAAUUGAUGGUCUACCCUUAGAUUUGACUUUUCUUUUUCCAUCACCUUCCUUCCAAAUGUGUUGUUUUUUUUUUUGGCCCCCGCCUGGUGACCCGCAUCACCCGAGGGCGGCGUGUGCGAAGUCACAAUGAUCACUUUUUUCUUCCCAUUUGAACUGAGUGCUCCGGUUGAGAUUCGUCCACUGACGUUGCAUCGCGCGUCGUGCAGGACGACCACCUCAGAGGUGGCUGUGAAAGCCAUAGUUACCCGUUUCCUUCUGAAGCGCGCUCAAAGACAUCCGAAGGCCUAGCAGGGAGGAACUGCAUCGCAAGCAGCUAUUUCCCGUGUGACCAGCCUGCACUGGACAAAUCGCCUUCGUUUGUGAUUUGGAUCGUUGUGAAAACAGGCAGAGCUCUACAAACUCUCAAACGACUUUAGCGAUGAGAGAAGUGUUUCUGGAUGGUUCCCUGUCACCUGCUAACCGGCUUAACCCACUUGAGUACAGUAAAAUAACCCACAAGGAGUGGGUUAACCACCAGUGCUUGGUAGUUCAUGGUAAUCACACUUCCUGAAGACUUGUUUCUCCUGUUGCUUAAUUUUGUUUUUGAAUGGCUCUUGACACUGGAGGGGGACUUUGUUACACAACCUGGAUGACUCCAGACUUUGGCUGCCUGGACUUCCGUGUCAACAUUUUUUUUGUGUCUCUUUUUAUAUACAUGUAUGACAGGAAAGGGGAGGGUUCUUGGUAUAAUAAAGCAUUUUCCUUGUUCAGUU